UUUGAUUUGGUUGUAGAUAAAAAAAUUAUAAACAUGCCUUGUGAUAAAAUCGCUUUUGCAAUCAUUAGGUAUUGUAGUCAUAACAGUGAUAACAGUUCUAAACGGUUGCAAAAAGUAAAAACAUUGAAAACGAUCUCGACAUCGUCCUCUCGCUACGAAAAGAUACCGACUUAUUACACCCACAGCAGCACUCUAAGAUCUUCGCCAUCGUACAUGACAAACAGCUCCUCCGGCUUCCGUCCCCUUGUCUCUAUCGCCACUUAAUCUGAUUCUUUCGGCGGACAUCAACACUGAUCAGUCACCGUAUCCGCAUUCAUGAGGACGUUCCAUUUUCCGACGACCAUGUCGAUCUCGCUGUGGUCGAUACUCAACAGAUUUGGUGCCGACAAAGCGGCGUCAUAUAGCCGCUUGUCUACCGGCAACACUGGACACUUUCGCAUAACUGUUUGGGAUCCCGUACUCAUCGUCGCGCAGAUUAUCUCAGUCCAGUGUCUUUAUUAUUUCACAAUGUGUGUUUGGAUCACUGUUAUCAGUUACAUAGUUGGCACCUCGCGCUCAUUGGACGUCAUCUUUCAAUUCAAAGAGUUGAGUACUGUAUCUGGUGAAAAGUUUGUCAUUGCUGUGUUUGGUUUAAAUGCACUUAGUGGUGCUACAUUUAUUUGGCGAAUUGUUGAACGAUAUCGAUUGUGUUUGGAUUUCUCUUGUACAAUACAUAUCAUACACUUGGUAGCUUGUAUAUGGUACAAUGGAACAUUGCCCACUUCGUUUUGGUGGGUGUUAAAUGCUGUUUGUGCAGCAAUCACAUGCAUGUGUGCAGAAUUCUUAUGCAUGAGAACAGAGCUUAAUGCCAUUCCUGUAAAUACUGGUCAAAACCCUAAAGUAGAUUUGUAAGUGGUACACUGUUUAUAAUUGUGUACUAUGUAUUUAAUUAAAAUGUACAUUGUGAUUAUCAUUGACAUUUGAUGCCAGUCAUUCAUCAAUUAUUUAUUUUUAUCUUUAUUAAAGUAGGAAUAUAUCAACACAAUAUUUAA